UUAUCAAUAUCUGAUCCGCUAAUAAUUUGAACGAAAAAAAUUCUGGUCUUUCAAAAUAUAAUUCGCAAGCUCAAUUUUACAAAAAAAGCUUGAAAUUCUCAAAUUUGUAUCCGCAAUCAUAUUUUCGUAUAUAGAACCCAAAAAAUAACCGUUUAUUUGAUGGUGGUUUUUGGGUUCCAAACAAAAAAAAACCAAAUUCUACUAAAAUUAAAUUUCAUAACAUCAACACUAUACCUCUACUUUCUUUGGUUCGUUGUUGUUGUUAUUGCUGCUGCUGAUUCGUUCGGUCCUUACAAUCAAUUUUUUUGAGUAAGUUUUGUAUUGGCAGCCUAAAGAUCUAUCGGAACCAAAAAAAAACCCAAAACAUCUAGCACGAAAAAUAUAUAGAAUGCCACCAAAACCCGUACGUAAUUAUUCUGUUGGCGAUCUUGUAUUUGCCAAAAUUAAAGGCUAUCCACCUUGGCCGGCUCGGAUUGAAAAAGAUUUUCCUAUCGGUUUUAAACCACAUCCUGGACGUUAUCCCGUAUUCUUUUUCGGUACCUAUGAGCUUGCUGUAUUAUCGUCAAAAGAUAUCUAUCCAUAUCAUCAAUAUAAACAUCAAUUAGGCAUUCCACGUAAGAUGAAAAAUUUUAAUGAAGGACUUGAAGAAAUUGAAAAACAUCCAAAUUUAACAAUGGAUUCGGAAGAAAUGUUACGUUUACGUGAUGAACGUGAAUUAUCUGGCCAUAAUAAUAAUUAUAAUGAUGAUGAUGAUGAUGAAAGUGAUGUUUCAUUUAAAAAAUCUGAUGACGAUGACGAAGAUUCGGCAAGUUUCGAUGAUAAUAAAAGUGUUUCUGAUCAUGAUGAACAAGACGAUAAUCAUAGAUCUUCAAAAUCGAAAAAGAAUGGUACCAAAAAUCGAUCAACAUCGAAUCGACAGAAGAAAAAUGUUCACAGUGAUGAUGAUGAUUCCAAUGAUGAUGAUGAUGAUAAAAACAAUGUAAAGAAUUCGAACAAAAAAAAGAUUGUUAAAAAACGUAAAAUAAUUAAACAAUCUGAUAGUGAAGUAGAAAUUUCCGAUAUCAAUGAUGAUGAUGAUGCUGACAACAACAACAAUAGCGAUGAUAUUUUAGAAUCACCAAAAGAUCAUAAGAAAAAGAAAAAUAAACGAUUAAAAAUUUCAUCAUCAUCUUCAGCAGCAGCAUCUUCACUGUCUUCAUCGUCCGAUAUCGAAGAUUCAAAAUCACCGACGACCAAAAAAAGACGACGACGUGUCAUUCAAGAUGAUGAUGAUAGUGAUUCGAAAGAUUCAAAAAAAUCAAAAGAAAACAACAACAGCAAUAAUGAUUACAACAAUGAUGAUGAUGAAAUAUCGAAAAAAUCAACAACAACAACAAAAACCGAAACAAUUGAAGAUGUAAUGAAAUUGAAACAAAAAUUACAGGAUGAAAAAUUGGCACAAAAAUUGGAAGAAAAAGAACGUGAAAAGGAACGAAGAAAACGUGAAAAAAUGGAACGUAAACGUUUGGAACGAUUACAGCAGGCAAAAAAUCGUAACCACCAACAACAACAAGAAGAUUCAAAUCAAAGGAUCAAUGAAUGGUUAGCAACGAUCGAUUCGAAUAUUAAGCUUAGUCUAUCGAAAACGAAUGCAAAUAUCGAUAAAUGUUUGGAAACAAUGGACAGUAUUGAUGAUGUAAAAAUGAAGAUAACAUCGAAAAAUGUUUCAAAUUUCGGUGACAAUCUUAAAGAAUUGAUUUCAACAUUGAAAAAAUGUCGUAAAUAUAAAACUGAUACACGUGUACGAGAAAAAGCUGAUCAUUUCCUUAAUAAAAUGAAAGAAUUGUUCAGUUCAUCCGAAUCUCAGAGCACACAAGAUCGAAAAAUGGAUUCAAAAACGAAUGAUCCAAUACCAGCAGCAGCUACAACUACCAUCGAUGAACAACAAAAAUCACCCGAACAACAACGUGAUGAUGAAACAUUGAAACCAUCAUCGGAAAACGAAAUCGAAAACAACAACAGUAAACUGACAACGACAAUUGAACAGCUUGAAUCAAAACUACAAUCGACAAUUACCGAAAUGGAAAGUUGAAUUGAACAAACAAUCAAUAAACAUUGAUUUGAUUUAUCAUCAUCAUAGUAUAGAAUCACAUUAUAUCUCAUUCAUCAUUUUGUAUUAUAUAAUUAUAAUUG